AUGAUGCGCUGGCUCAGAGGCAGCACGGCGGCAGGAACACCGGGCGCAGAGGAAGGAAUCGGCAAAGAAAAUGUUAUGCCAAUGGUAUCAGACAACCUCAAUGCCGAGGGCGCGGAGCAUGAGGUUGAGACCUCGAAGAAGCCGUUGCGCAACACCCCGCGCCGUGCUGCAGCAAAGUCCAAGAAGAGCGCUCCUGCCAAAGCUUCGCCCGCGAAGGCUGCGACUCCCCUGCGACGGUCCACGCGCGCGCAAUCGAGAAAGAGCGGGGGCUUCUUCGACGCGGCACAGGAAGCCACGCCAGACCCGAUGUCAAUCGCCUCGAUCAUAGAUGCACCUCCGACAUCGACACCACCACAUCCCGAAUUCAGUGCUGCCGACGAAGCACAAAUGUUACAAGAUCUGGACAACACGGACGAAAGUCACGUCGAGUUGGGUGAGAUGGGGAUGCCGCAACACGUCGUCUCUCACACUCAGGAAGACGAGAGUCGCGUCUCGUUGGGUGAGAUGGAAGUGCCACAGCAAGUCAUCUCUUACACUCACCCAGACGGGACGGUGGCAGAAGUUGCAAGUGGAGAGCCAGCGGCUGAGAUGUCUGCGUCUCUGCGAGAUGCUGUCGCUUCAGAAGAGGCUGUCGCUGUACAGGAGACUGCUGCUGUACAGGAGACUGCCACUUCACGAGCGACGGAAGACACUCACGCGGUUUACUCAGCUACGCCGGCUUUCGAUUAUGCCAGCCAGAACUCGACGCUUCCUGUAGAUAAUCUAACAAUCUCCGCGACCGGCACAUGCUACGUUCCAUCAUCGUUCCGCCCCGAUGGCUCCAUCCGUAGAGAGAUUCGGAUUCGUCCUGGCCACGCCUCAUCGGUGCCUACGAAUACGGAACCUAACAUCAAAUUCAUCCCAAACCUAUCGGCAUCUGAAGCACUCCCAUCACAAACCGACAUCGCUCAGUCGUCAAUUCCAGCCCCGUCGACCUCUAACCAAUCGAAUGAGUCCUUUACAAGCCACAGAGCUAUAUGCCCAGGAGGAUUCCUUACUAGCAGAUACGCAGACGUCCCAGCUGCAACACUAACACAAGCGUCGGGUUUCACUACGCCGUUCUCCGCAUAUGCAGCAAACGUCAACUCAGGGAAACGUCGACAUGUCGAGGAAGAGAACGAGGGACCAUCGGGAUUUCAGGAUGAGCGCUCAGCGAAACGCAUGCGUACCACGAACAGUCGCGAGUCCAUAGGUGACCGCCGUACGGCAGUUCCUCAAAUACUUCCCAGCCCUUAUGACAGAUACGAAUGGGCGCUUAUCAAUGACAACAUGAGGGAUAGCCAGGAUCAAAGCAUGGUCUCUGAACCUGAAGAGACGCCAGAACGGUCAAUUGUUGGUCAAGACAUCGUCGAUAGAGAGCCAGUAAUCAAGACUGAGCCCGUUGACGAUGCACCAAGCAACUCAGCUGUGAUCCCACCAGCUCCCCCUCUGACGCCAGCUCAGUCCAAUUCACCAAGUGUACGACAGCCACCGACCGCAUCAAUAGCAACACAAGGUCCGACCUCGCAAGCUCCGGUCUCAGCUCCCGAGUAUAUCGACCUUUUUGAACUCUGCAUACCACGCUUUGGCAAGCGCCAACCGAUACAGCUCGAGCUAAAUAAAAUCAGAGAAAUAGAAACAAAGACAGCGCUGAUAUUGAGUGGUCAUAAGGAGAAAGUCGACAUUCUAGGCCAACUCCCUCCUUGGAUGCGGGUCAAUAUUUCGAGGAAGCAAAGACAGUUGAUUAACGAUCUCGUGAGGCGUAUCAAAGCAGCGAAAGCAGGCCAGCAUAGCUAUGCCGACGUGAGAAGUUUCAACGCCACCCCGAGUGGGUCUACGCCAGCACCCACAAGAGCCACAGCAGUACCAGUCACACAGACAUACCAGCAGAAAUCUGUCAUGGCCGCGCCAACACCACCCCAAGCUCAAUUGUUGGCACCUCAACAAGCCCGUCAACCCUACGGUCUCGACCCCCUCAAGUACGAGAACACAUUCGGUCCAGCUCUGGUAUACAGCGCACUGGAACAAGUCAACAAUAUGCUAGGAGCGUUUGGAGUCAACGCACGCUGUUACCCCAGUGGCAUGGACUCGAUAACUCUAAAGAACCAAAGUAUAGUGCCGCCUCCUCCUCCGACUGGCUGCAUGCUUCUUUCACUGGAGAACAUGCCCUACGUCAAACUGGCUGGGCCGGCUCUGGUGAACCACGCGUUACACCAGGUCAACGACAUGACCAGCUCAUUGUGGCCUGGACAGUUUGUGUUGCAUGGGAAGGACAUGCUGCUGUUGCAGUCGUAG